AUACAUACCAGCGCGUAAUUGAAGGAGAACUAUUUCUGGAUCAGGUGAUGGCAUAUACUGUCAACAGGAUAUUUAUGUAAAAAAUGUAACACUAUGUUGUUAUUCAAAGUGCUUGUUUCGGUAUGUUUUAUAUUCUGGUGUGGGGAUAAAGAGUAGCUAUAUAAACGUGCGCUCUCUCGUCUAGGUGGUAGGAGUGUGGAGCUUCGUCAGUAGACAUAGUCAACCUGUAUCUAGUGCUACAUUUCUCAAGGAAGUUUCUUUUUUUUUAAUUCUUCAUACACGACCGACUUCGGGAUGGAAUGGUUCCUAAUAUGUGCGUUUCUAGUAACAUCGACGCUACCCGGAAGUGACCAGCAAUCCACAGAACAAGGCUCAGGUUGCGGGGUAACUGUGUGUUAUGCCGGAAGUAAGAUGUUGCUAUGCGACAGGUCUCAGAUUCUGAUUACAAACGUCACAGAUUCGAGCACAGGAACUGAUGAUGUCAGAGCAUUCCAAAACUUAAGGCGCAUGUGUAUGGGGAAGUCCUCAUGUGACACUUCUGUGAUCUGCGAUAAAAGGAGCCUCAAAGUCUCCUACUUGUGUAUAAGUGAGUUUUCCAUGGAGCGAAGAUGUACUGGGAACCUACAGGAACUGACGUCACCGGAUGGGUUUAUCCAGAGUCCCUCCUACCCUUCUACAACUAUCGACCGCUGUCAAUGGAAAGUCAUCGUCCCUGAAGACUCUUACGUCACAAUAACCGUCCAUGACCUUGAAAAGACAGGUCAGACUCAAUCUCAUUGUGAGGCUGGGGUCCAACUCUCGACAACGCGAGAUUGUGUUAACCAUACACUUCCGUCCAAUACUAUCUGCCAUGCUGACAACCUCGAGCCCAUGAUUGCGUGUGGUGGCGUCACGGUCAGUCUCGUUCCCAGUGACAUUCAACAUUCCAAAGUGAGGUUCUGGUUGUCAUAUAAAGUGAUUAAAUUCGGAGAUUCCAUUGACAACGACCUUCGACAGUUGUCCACUACCUGUCCGGAGGGUUAUUACGACAGACACAUGUCGGUGGUCAGCAGUCUUCACGGUUUACCGGAAGCCGGACUAAUAGAACCGGACACCUUUGAUAUCAAAGAAGUGGUUACAUCAAAUAUCACCAUUCUGGAGAGAAGGGAGAUAAUACAAGCAGAUAUGACAGAAAGAACAGUUUUCUACAUCGCCGUAGCUGUGGCAGCCAUUAGCCUAACGGGACUGGUUAUCGUGACUGUAGUUUGUAUCAGACGUCAGAGAACACUCAAAGCUGCUGGAUCCAUUCAAGUGAAUCGACUGCCAGCCCGGGCGACUGUUAGCAACGCGUCCGCAAAUAGACCACUUCCGCCUAUUGAUAAGGAAACCAAGCCCGUAAAGCAGAACGGACAUUCAGCAAUACGAGCGAGUCUUCAAGACGGGUAUAGUCGUGUUGCCGACGAGAUCCCCUACAACUCGAGUCAGGACUCCACUCGUUCCCCGGCCUACGCUGAAGUGGAUGAUAAUAUUAGCCCCGUCCCAGGCCGUCAUGUGUUCCGGUUCGGUCUAAAUGGGGAACGGAAAUCUUCCGUGGAAAAUGUUUACUCCGAACUAAACGAAGAUGGUGAUGUUUACUAUGAAAUUUAUGAUAAGUACGCUGCAUCCCCGGGACCUCUGUCCAGCGACCACGACCAUUUACUUAAGGGAAAAAAAUCGGACAAAAGACAUACCAUAUCUCCGAAACCUGGACGGUCGUCCAAUCGUCCGAUAUCAUUCGAGGGUCCCUACGCACAUAUGGACGGACGGACAGUAUCGAAAGAUCUGUCCGACUCGGACUGUAGUCUUGUCCUUAUGGAUAACGAAGUUUACGAUCAUUAUGAAUCUGCGCAUGUUUGAUGAACAGUUCGUAUGUUAACAUGAAAUAGGAGGCAUGAGUCGUAUGUCAAUGACAUAAUAUUCACGAUGGACAAGCUUUCCCGCAUUUGAGGGGUGCGCAAAUGCAGAAUGUGGAUUCAAUGAAGUUCAUGGAUCCAAAAAUUACGAAUGUUCAUUCAACAGUCAAGGAAUGCGCAAAUCCAGAACAUUGAUUUUACAGUCAAGUAAUGCACAAAUCCAGAAUAUUGAUUUCAACGCAGUCCAGGGAUCCGCAAAUCCACAAUGUUGAUUCCAUGCAGUCCAGGAGUCCGCAAAUAAGAAUAUUGAUUUCACCAAAUCAAGGAAUGUGCAAAUCAAGAAUGCUGAUUUCUUCACAGUUCAGGGUUUCGUAGAUCAAGAAGGUUGAUUUAAGGAAGGUCGGGAAUAUUGUGAUUGAGCAAUCGCGGAAUGCGGAAAGCCGAGGACGUGCGCUAUCGCAGAUACAUGGACUUUAAUGUCAAUGAUACGAUUUUUGUCACUGGCAUUUUUUCAAAUCUGAAUAAAAGGAGACAAGUUUGUUCGACGUAUUGAUAAGCCAUUAUCUGUUUUUCUCAGGGUGGCCUUUUCCAGAUAUUUUAUAUUGUGCCUUAGAAAGACAGUCUCUAGAAAUAUCGCUAAUAUGAAUCGUGUUAAGCUGUUGCAGCGUUGUUUAUACUGUAUGUGCAGGUAAAAAAAGAAAUCCGAUUUGCGAAUCAAUAUUGAAGUGCGACGAAUUCACAGUAAGGGGAGAUAACACUGUCUGUUGACGAACUGAGACGAGAAUGGAAAGGGAUUUAAGUAUAAGAGUGCAUUUGGAAAAUGUCUCUCAUGGAUUGGUGUGUGGAUAAUAUCAAAUUACCUGCAACACACGACUAGGCCCUAUAUGUGAUAUCUGGCAAGUGGUUGUAACGUCAGGUGGGCGGACCUUAAAUAGCCUUAACUACAGGUUAUUUGAAAACUACUGAUAUUAAUAUUAGCUACUGUUCUAAAUAACUAUUUGACAAUUAUAAAGACAAUUGUAGUAAUGGAACAUUCAUAGAUCAAUAAACAGCAUUUGUCUCUGACGUCAAUAUGAUGACGUCACCUGGGUACAAUUCACUAAGUGCAAUUUGUAAACGAGUGCCUUAGAUAUUGAUUUCCAUGAUAUCACAUUUUAUUUGUACUUGUAGGAUUUAAACGUGGUGAGUGACGUAAGCAAUGAACGUUUUAUGCAGGAUUAAUGAUAAAAAUAUACUUUGGAUCAACAAUAUUUCCACAGAGUAUCCGGGCGCGUGAACAAGUCUGGUGAACGUAUGUUCUCCGGAAGGUGGUGUAAGAAUAAAGUGUGUGAAAGACA